AUGGCCCCAGCCCCCUGCCCUGCCCGUGCCUUGUUCCCCUGUGGUCCCCUGGAUCCCAUCCCUUCCUUGGUGACCCCGCCCCGCUCGGUGCCCCCAUCCUCACCCCGGUCCCACCAGGGCCAUCCUCCCCCAGCGUCCCCGCACCUGCGUGGUGCCCUGCGGCGCCCCGAGCCCACCCUGUGCCCCACUCCCCCCCCCAUUCCUGCCAGACCUACCGGGGUCACCCCUUCCCCGGGCUCUCUGCUCUGCCCGGUGACCCCCGCAGUUCCAUCCCCCCCGCCGUCCCCACGGUCCCUCUGUGCCCCCAACGCGGCCGUCCCCCCACGAGCCCCCGACCUCUCCCGUCCCACCAUGGCCACCGUUCCCCGGGACUCCCGCCCUGGCCGGUGCCCCCCGGUGCCCCAUCCCCUCCCGCCGUCCCCCGCUCGCUCACCGCCGCCUGGAACCGCCUCCGUCCGCUCCGCCCGCCCCGCCGGGCGGCCGGGGAGGGGCGGGGGGGGCUCCGGGGCCGGCUCUAGCCGGGGGUCCGGGGGGCAGCGGCCCCGGCUGCGCCGCGCGUGGGAGGCCCCGGGGGCGGAUCCCGCGGCUGCCGCCCCCGCCGAGCGCGGGGGGGGGGGGCAGCGGAGGGGGCGGCAGCACCGGCCCCCCUUCUUCCCCCCCCCCCACCGGCACCGGAGCAGCGGGAGGGGAGCGGGAGCGGCGCCCCGCACGGCGGCAUCGGGGGUCCCGCAGCCCCGGCAGGGACCGGGCAGGACACGCGUGGCACGGGGGGUCCGUGGGAGAGGCAGAAGCCCCCUGUGGGGACACGGUGCUCGGUGCUGGCGCGGACACCCUGAAUCCCGGCGGGCCCGCGCUCGCAGCAUCCCCGGUCUCGGUGACAACCCGACCGGGCGCGGGGAUGCUCCGGGUACCGGCAGCGCUGUCCCGGCAGUGCCCCCCUCGGUGCCGGAGCCCUCGCGGAGGGCUGGCACUCGGUGUCACCGGCACGCACACGCUGCCACCGAUGGGCUUCGGGGUGAGCACGCCGGCGGCGCCCCGGAGCAGCGAGAACGGGAGCGGACGGAGGUUUCUCGGGUGGGCUGGGGGGAUGCUGAAGCCCCUCGCCGGCAGCACCGGGGUCCCUCCCGCCGGAGCGGAGGGGAGGGGGGGGUGUCACGGCCCGCACCCCGCUCCGGCCCUGCGUGGCUCGGCGCUAUUUAUACCGCGGCCGGCGCCUGGCGUGGGGCCAGAGCCGCCCCCGCGCGAUCCUGGCCGGGGGGGGGCCGUGCCGGUGGCCGGGGCACAUCCCCGGAGCUGCCGGGGGGAUCCCGCACGGGCUCGGUCCCCAUGGCGGGGGUCCUGCCCCGGCCCUCCCGCUUCACCCUCUCCCCACCGCCCCCCCUGUGACGCCCCCCCCCCCCCCCCCUUUCUCCGCGACCAAGCGUCCGGCGCGGCGGGGCCGUUCCCAGCCCCGGCGCUGCCCCCGGCUGACGCACAUCCUCCGCCCACGGCCCCGCCGCUUCCCGGCUCCGCCGCCCACGGCCCGCGGAGGGGGAGCGGGAGGGGCCGCCCGAGCCCGCUCCCCGCUGCCCGCCCACGGGCGGCCGCCGCCCCACGGGGGGCGCGGGGGGGACCCACGCGGAGAGCGGCGCCCCCUUCCCGGGGCUGGGUGGGCCUCGCCGCGAGGGGACGGACGGUGCCGGCAGCGGGGCGAACCGGAGCCGCCGAGCUUGACCCGUGGGAUGCGGGACCCCCUCCGCGCCGCGGGUCACCGGUGACCGUCGCGCCACGCCCGCGCUGGCAGAGCCCCGUCCGGGCCGG